AUGACUUCGCUAAGUGAAUUGAUGAAGUUCGGAAAAGAACUAGGGUUAACGGGAGAAAACUUGCAAGAAUUCGUAAGAGAAGAGCAAAGCAAAGAGCGUGAAAGACUAAGAUUACGAGUGCAAAGUGACGAGAGUGAGACGUAUGAAGUAAAAGCUGAUGUUUUUAAACCAGCACUUCCGAAACUGCCUGUGUUCAAUGAGGCUAAUGACAGUAUAGACGCGUAUAUACUCCGGUUCGAAAGACUAGCAACAAGCGCCGGAUGGGACCAAGACGUUUGGGCGGUCAGCUUAGCCUCCUUGUUGCAAGGGAAAGCGCUCGAGACGUACCAGCAUCUUUCGCCAGUGGAAGCGCGCGACUUCGAGCGAGUGAAAGAAGCGCUGCUCAGGUGUUUCCAAUGCACGGCCGAGGGCUAUAGGCUAAGAUUCCGUAAUUCGAAAUUCCAUAAAAAUGAAACCGCUUCGCAAUUUGCCAACAGACUAAAGAACAAUUUAACAAGAUGGGUCGAACUUGCAGGUUGUGAACAAACCUAUGUUGAUGUAUUUGAUCUUAUGCUCACUGAACAAUUCUUGAAUGCGUGCGAUAAAAGCAUGGUGCUAUUCUUAAAGGAGCAUGAUUUUAAAACAUUUAAUGAGAUGAUAAAAUUUGCAGAAUUGUAUAUGGAAGCGCAUGUAAAUUAUGGUAGGAAAGAUAGAGAGGGUCAUGAGAGGAACGCGACAGGUCAUGGGAGUGAGAGUGCAAAUAGCAGCUCUACGUCAGGAGUGAAUAGGGGCGAGGAAAGGAUGAAAGGCGGAGCGCGUGCUUGUUUCGUGUGUGGACGAGGUAAUCACCUUGCCAAGGAUUGCUAUAACAGGUUCGGAGGAUCAAAGUACAAAGAUUGUAAGAUAAUCAAAUCGAAUGUUGAAAAAGCGGCAAUGGCUAAUCAUGGUGAUAAGUUGAUGAUUGCAAGAGGUAAAGUGGAAGGUGUGAGAGUUGACGUGUUUCGUGAUCCUGGAUGUACGACAUUGCUAGUGAAAGAUAGUUUGGUGCCUAGAAGCAAGUUCACGGGUAGAAUGGUUGACAUAAGGAUGGCCAAUAAUAUGGUGUUUAAGUAUCCAGAGGCUUUUAUCUAUGUCGAUACUCCGUUCUUUACUGGUAAUUCAUUAGCUGCUUGUCUGCCAGAUCCUAUAUAUGAGUUGGUGAUCGGGGCGAUUGAGGGAUCGACUGAUGGAGGAAUGAAUGUGCAGUCUAAGAAAGUAUUCAGUGGUAAGUCCGAGGGUGAGUCGCACAGUUUCGUGGUGAAGCGCGGCGCGUUAUACCGGCGCGUUCAAAAGGCGCAGCAGGUGACUGAGCAGUUGGUGGUGCCGGAGUCGUUUCGGGACGCGGUGAUCGGGCUGGCCCACGACUCUCUCAUGGGAGGGCAUCUCGGGAUAAAAAAGACCAAGGCGCGGAUUCAAAGCAACUUUUUCUGGCCUGGAAUGUGCGUAGAGAUAGCACGGUAUUGCAGGUCCUGUGACGUAUGUCAACGCACGGUCGACAAGGGACGUGUCAGCAGAGUCAAGAUGGGGAGAGUGCCGCUUAUUCAGGAGCCUUUUCAACGAGUCGCCGUGGAUAUAGUAGGUCCGAUAGAGCCUCGGGCGAAUGAUGGAUCGCGGUAUAUUCUUACAAUUGUUGAUUACGCGACGCGUUACCCGGAAGCAAUCGCUUUGAAAAAUAUUGACACGUGCACAGUUGCAGAAGCUGUACUUUCGGUUUUCAGUCGUGUUGGUAUCCCGAAAGAAGUAAUGUCGGACAGGGGUAGCCAGUUUACAUCAGAUAUGAUGAAGGAAUUUAAUCGUUUGCUGUCUAUAAGGAGUCUAACAACCACACCGUACCAUGCGAUGAGUAAUGGUCUGGUUGAAAGGUUCAAUGGCGUUUUAAAAAAGAUGUUGAAGCGUAUGUGCCAAGAGCAACCGAAAAUGUGGCCACGAUUUAUAGAUCCGCUUCUAUUUUCGUAUCGCGAAGUUCCGCAAGCAAGCACGAAGUUUUCGCCGUUUGAACUUGUCUACGGCCAUUCAGUGCGCGGGCCACUCGCCUUGUUACGCGAGCUGUGGGAGGGCGAUCGAGAGGCAAUCGAGGACGACACGCGGACCACAUACGAGUACGUGAUUAAUCUGAGGGAAAGGUUGCAAGAGACGUGUAAAUUAGCGCAGGAGGAAUUGGAAAAAGCUGGAGAUAGUUACCAGUACUAUUAUGACAAGCAUGCGCGCGAGAGGGAGGUGAAUGUCGGAGAUAAAGUGUUACUCCUACUUCCCACUAGUCAUAAUAAACUCCUUUUGCAGUGGCAAGGACCAUUCGAGGUCGUUAAGAAGGCCAACCGAUAUAACUACGUGUUGGAUGUAAAUGGUACAGAACGUAAGUACCAUAUCAACAUGAUCAAGCGUUAUCAUGAGCGGUUCGUCAGAGAAGGCGACAGUAAGCGUAGUAAAGAUAUGGAACGCAGCAAUGCAACAUGCGAUGUUGAUGUAAUGCGUGGCGUAAUCGGUGGUAAGAGUAACGUUGAUGAGAGUAGUGAACAAGAGAAUGAAGAUGAUUCAGUCCUUGCUUGUGUGGCAGUAGUUAGCGAAGAUCACGACGAGGGUGGCGAAUUAAUUACCGUCCCAAGCUAUGUACAGGAGGAAGACGCGAGUAACGUAAGAGUAAAUGAGGAAUUGAGCGCGGAACAGAAGCGCGAUGUGGCGAACGCGUUGUCGAAGUUUAGUUCGGAAUAUCGACGCUGA